AUGUGUCACCAGAAGCUGACCAUCUCCUGGUUUGCUGUGGUUCUGCUGGCGUCUCCGCUCAUGGCCAUAUGGGAGCUGGAGAAAGAUGUUUAUGUUGUAGAGGUGGACUGGUCCCCUGGUGCCCCUGGAGAAAGAGUGGUCCUCACCUGUGACACUCCUGAAGAAGAUAAUAUCAUCUGGACCUCAGACAAGAGCAGUGAAGUUGUAGGCUCUGGGAAAACCCUGACCAUCCAAGUCAAAGAGUUUUCAGAUGCUGGCCAAUACACCUGCCACAGAGGAGGCGAGACUCUGAGUCACUCGAGACUGCUGCUUCACAAGAGGGAAAAUGGAAUUUGGUCCACUGAUAUUUUAAAGGACCAGAAAGAUCCUAAAAAUAAGACCUUCCUGAAAUGUGAGGCAGCAAAUUACUCCGGACGGUUCACCUGCUGGUGGCUGACAGCAAUCAGCACUGAUUUGAAGUUCAGCAUCAAGAGCAGCAGUAGCUCCUCUGAUUCCCGGGCAGUGACAUGUGGAGCAGCAUCUCUGUCUGCAGAAAAGGUCACAGUGGACCGAAGGGACUAUAAGAAGUACUCGGUGGCCUGCCAGGAGGACAUCACCUGCCCAUCUGCUGAGGAGACCUUGCCCAUUGAGCUGGUGAUGGAAGCACAGCACAAGUAUAAAUACGAGAACUACAGCACCGGCUUCUUCAUCAGGGACAUCAUCAAACCGGACCCACCCAAAAACCUGAAGCUGAAGCCUUUGAGGGGCUCUCAUGUGGAAUUAUCCUGGGAGUAUCCUGACUCCUGGAGCACUCCCCAUUCCUACUUCUCCCUCAAGUUCCAUGUUCAGGUCCAUUGCAAGAGAGAAAAGAAAAAUGAGCCCUUAUUUGUAGACAAGACCUCUGCCAAAAUCCGAUGCCACAAAGAUGCGGAGGUCUGUGUGCGAGCUCAAGAUCACUACUACAAUUCAUCAUGGAGCAAAUGGGUAUCGGUGCCCUGCAGUUAG